AAAGAUCAUUCUUUAAAGCUUAAAUCUUGUACCCAUUUGAUUGCAUUCUGCCAAGAGCCCAAAUCCAUAUUACUGAAGGAGCUGUACUUACUGAAAAGGCUGCAAAAUUUGAUUUACUAUUUUGACCAAUGGCAUAUGAACAAGUUCAAGAAGCCUCCAAGUUCAGGUCUAGAUGUAUUUAUGAUGUUUUCUUGAGUUUUAGGGGUGAAGACACUCGCAGAACUUUCACCAACCAGCUCUAUGAGGCUUUGGUUGAUGUGGGUCUUCGUACUUUUAAGGAUGACAAUGAGAUUGAAAGAGGAGAGAACAUCAAGUCUGAACUGGAUAAAGCUAUCCAUCAGUCAAAGGGAUCAAUCAUUGUUUUGUCGAAAAACUAUGCUUCUUCCAGCUGGUGCCUUGAUGAACUUGUGGUGAUCCUGGAGAACAACAAGAACAGAGGACAUGUAAUUCUUCCUGUUUUCUACUAUGUUGAUUCGUCUGAUGUCGGAAAGCAAUCAGGGAGCUUUGCCAUAGCAUUUGCUCGACAUGAAAAGAAAUUGCUGGAAAAUUCAGAAGAUAGUCAAGCAUGGGCUAAGCGGAUUGAAUUGUGGAGGAAAGCACUGAAAAAAAUUGCUAGUCUUGGGGGGAUGACUUUACAGGGCCAAAAUGAAAGGUAA